UUGGAGGGCGAUAUUCUUCUUCUCGACUUGGUUUUCUUCUUGCGCCGGGACGGAUUGGAUCAUCAGUUGGUUCCAAAACACUGAGCAGCGCGCGCUUCCUUCCCGUGAGGAGAGCAAAUUGGAUCGGGGUGCGGCCGGCUGAUAAUAGGUGCGAGGACAUUUUUACGACAACAAGUAUAAAAAGCAAAAAUGGAAGUGUCACUGACAAGUAGUGGCGAGGGCAAAGUGGUUGCCCACGAAGAGUCCUCCGCUUCCGAGUCCUCCUCGUCUUCAAAGGUUGUUGAAGAGCGUGGAGUCAAAAGUCACAUUCAGGAGAGCUCGCAGAAGGAAGAGCACUCGCUGAUGGAGCAGCGUGUCUCUGAGAAUGUGUCCUCGUCGACCAAAAUGUCCGUGCAGAGUUUCUCGUCGGUCAGCCAAAGCGUGUCCUCGUCGACCUCUAUCAGCUCCUCGAGCAACACCUCCUCGUCCAUCCAGAUGUCCGAGGAGGCCAUGAAAUUGCUCCAGUCCGCCGAGGAGCAGAAAAAGGCCAGCGAGGCGCCACUCGACAACAAUGGCAAUCAAGUUGACCAACACAAGCAAACAAAUGGUGCCGAAUGCAAUGGUGUUCAAGAAAUUCACCAAGAGAGUAUCAGAAAUACGCUGCACGAGAUAAUAAAUGAAAUAGAAACAGAAACAACAAAUGGAAAUAAAGAAAAUGAGCCACAACAGAAUGGUGGAGGUGCAGAAACAAAUGGUCAAAUAGGGGAAAACCAAGAUGAGGCGUACGAGCCCAAAAAGAUUGACCUCCAGAAACUGUUCACACCAGCUUCAGAUUCUGGUGAAAUCACGCCCCAACAAAGAAACCGCAAACUGUUCUCAUCUUCGAGUUUCUACGCCGCCUGCCACCCAACGGUCCAGGAGCAGGUGCAGCUGGCGCACAAAAUUUCAGCCAGUUUGUACGACACAACCAACCAGCAGAGCAAGGGACACUCGAUGUACGUCAACAGAAUGAAACGAUCUGUCAAGUGGGUCCACGAAUCACAGGGCCAGAGCGAGGAUGCGAGUGGAAGAGGCGAGGAUCAGAGACCGGCAACUCCGACUACCGCGGACGUUAUGGGAAGUUACAAAAUUCCUCCAAAGGAGGUUAAUUUGAGCCUUGUAAUGAAUCCCCACGGUCAGAUUCACGACAUCAACAGCCUUCGAAAGCAGGGCUUCAAGAUCGAGCCUGGUCAAAUAAGCCCCGACGUCGUUUUUGACCUGGUUAAAGAUCUCAACUCACCCUGCGGAAAAGGUGCCGAAUUAUUUGCGAAACGACGCAAGCGGGCCGAAAAAUGGAUCGUUGAUGAGAUGUCGGUGCAAAAGCAAGUCCAAGAUUCAGCCGCGGCCGCAGCUGCAAGAGCUAGCCCGAAACUGCCAGCGCCGUCAGUUAUCGACCAAACCAGAUACCAGCGAGAGAUGCAAAUGGCUGAAAUACAGGAGAAAUAUAAUCAGCCAAGGCUAAAAAUGGUCCAGAGCCCAUGGGAGGCCGCUUUGAAUACUGGUUCAGUACAAAAUGCCUUCCAGGAAAUUAAGAGGCAGCCUCCGACUCACAAGCAAGUUGUGGACACAGUUGUUCAGCGGGCGUCUGAGCAACAGACUUCAACCCUGAGCACCGUGUCCAGCUCGACCCUGAGUCAGCAGCAGACUGUGCAGCAGCAGCAGCAAAUGACCUUCCAGAGCAACACGCUGCCUCCCCAGACCCGUUCUUUCCAAGCGCCGUCUCCUCUUCCUCAAAGCCGAGCAUACGCUCCGUCUCCGACCCCUUCUGGUCUCUCGUACUCCCAGCAAUUUAGCCAAGCACCAAAACCCUCACCAGCUUUCAAGCAGCCCCUGCCUCCCACACCAAAGGUCCCAUACCAACCGCCGCCGUCGCUUACGUCAAGGGUCAACGUGGACAACCUGCUUAAGCCGAGGGUACCCAAGGCAUGGGACCCGACCGCUUUCAGCUCUUUGCCGAGGAAUUUUGGAUCCACAGUGGCUCCUGUUGCCAGACCUGCAGCGCAACCUGAGAGACAACCACCGGUGCAACCAGAUUUUGUUUAUCAACAGGAUCCGGCUUCUAACCCUGCACCCAGUUUCCCAAUUCAAACAAAUGAACUCCCCGUUGCACCACAAAGCUAUACUUUCUCUCCUAUUCCAAGCACACCUGCCCCUCGCGCUUUCACUCCUCUAAUUACACAACAAGUCACACAACCACAGUCCGAAAUUGAAAUCAAACAGCGUAUGGAGGAGAUCAAAUCUGAGAUUGCAACAAAGGCUGAGAUAUUCCAAACCAAGAGGGAGGAAACUGUUGUUUCUCAACAGACGGAACAGAUUGUACAGCAGCAAGAAGUGACGGUGCAGCAAGAAAGUUUUCAACAGCAGCAACAAGUGGUUCAAGAGAGCGUGACUGCCACCUCGAGCGAGCAGACCGUCAUCGAGGCUCUUGAAAGCGCUCCCCAAGAAGCCGUUCAGCAACCAGCUGAAGAGCUUCCUAAAGACAUUCCCAUGGAAGAAGCUGCCCCUGUACCCGAAGUUCAAGCGCCAGCUGCCGAGGAGCCUCAAGCUCCUAUCCCUCAAGAAGCUGCUCCAGCACCUGUGGAGGUCCCAACUGAAAUCCCUGAAACUCAACCUUAUAUUCCUGAACAGCCCCUACAAGUUCCUGAACCCAUCGAGCAAGAUCAGCAGCCAACUGAACAACCACAGCAGUUUGAACAACAGCCAAUGGAGACUGAGGGUGAAGCACCAUUCACCGGAGUGGAAAAAUUGGAGGAAAUCAUCAGACAUGAAGCUCAACAGCAGCUGCAACAAGAAUCCUUUAGCCAGCAGCAGGAAAGUUUCAGCCAGCAGCAAGAAAUUUUCAGCCAGCAACAGCAAAUUAUCAGUCAGCAACAACAGAGUUUCUCUCAGCAGCAACAGCAAAGUUUCAGCCAGGAAACGCAUCAGACCAUUAGCCAGCAGCAGACUUUUGCCCACCAAGAGGUCACUCAGCAGCAGUUCAUUGCCCAACAGAGGCAGGUUGAACAGUUUGAACUUCAGCGCCAGCAAGCUCUACAGCAAGAGCAGCAACAGCAGUUGACCAGCCAGCAACUUCUUCUUCAGCAGCAACAAAUGGCCAGUCAACAACUCCUGCAGAACCAAUUGUUGAUCCAGCAGCAGGAAAUUGCAAGGCAACAGAUUGCAGAACACAUCGCCCUGCAGCAGGAACAGGGAGAGGAUUACGAGAAAAUUCCAGUGAAGCAACUGAUUCAGACCUUUGACCCGAACCGCGUUUACCAACCUAAACCGACUAGGAAACCAGAAAAGCCCGCCACUCAGGCCCUUCCAAAGGCUGAGCUUCCGGAUUAUCUGCACUCAGAACAGCCUUGCAAUUUCUCAAUCCAGUAUUCGCAGCCCAACGCGAUUUACUUUGUAGCAGACACCUGUUGCGAGACUAGACAGUUCUUUGAUGAGCAGCAAGAGCAACAGCAGCUCGCCUUCGAGCAGCAACAAAUAUAUCAACAGCAACAACAGGCCUACGAGCUACAAAUGCAGAAUUACCAGUACCAGCAAAGUCUACAAGAACAGCAGGUGUCUUACCAGCAGCGAUCGUAUCAGGAGGAGUCGUUGAGCGCCUACCAGCUCGACUCCUCGUCUUCGUACAAUGAGCAACAACAGCAAAGCACACAGCAACAAUCCUUUUCCCAAGCCAAAGCCAUAAUUAACCAUAUCGAGCAGCAAACGCGGCAGCAAUCCGCUUUGCAACAGAAAGGCUUGCAGAGCGGAACCGUGGAAAACCACGUCGCCAGUGAAGAGACCCUACAGAGUGUCACCUCAAAUUACGAAAACGCCGAACGAAUCAAACAACAAUUGCAGUCUGGAAAUAAUUAUAACACGGCAGCUAGGGGUUGGGGCAAACAACAAGAUUACUAUCGUCCGGUUACUUUUAAUAAAAAGCCCUUGUUCACUUGAAUUUUGCAACGUGAAAAUUAUCCAGUUCUUCCUAUUUGUACGUUUGUAAAGGAUUGAAUAUAUAUUUAUCAUUUCUACCGCGUCUCACUCUGCAAUGUGAAUUAUGGAACUUUAUAUACAACCUCGCGUUUACCACAGGUUAAUUAAGCGCAAUCAUUUAAAUUAAAAUAAAUAGUAGCUUUUAGUUGAGAA